ACGCGGAAGUUGUAACCAGUUCUGUCUUUGCUGUGGUUGGUUAGUUGUUAAACCUUCCACAGGUUCGCACUGGUUCUCUCCGCUGAAACAGCGAUGGCAAGUCACGUCAAGAGCGAUGAAUCUGGAACUGUGGAGAUGGAUUGCGCUUUAGCGGGACUGACAGUAAGAGAGAACAUAACAGAAACGGAUGGCUUUAAUCAAAGUCUGAAUCCUAGUGAGGAGUAUAGGAUGGACCACAAGAAACGAGGAAUGGCUCUGAUCUUUAACCAUGAGCGUUUUGACUGGAAGAUCAUGAUGAGCAACCGCUCUGGCACAGAGGCAGACAAACACAACCUUGUUAGAAGAUUUCAAGAUCUGGGUUUUGAAGUGAAGGCUUAUGAUAAUUACAAACGGGAUGAAGUUAUGUCCAUAGUCACAGAAGCUGCUGCUGCUAACCAUGUAGAUGCAGACUGUUUUGUCUGUGUCUUUUUAAGUCAUGGGGAAAAUGGUCACAUCUAUGCCUACGAUACGAAAAUUGAAAUUCAAGAAAUCACUGAUCUGUUCAAGGGGGAUAAAUGCUGUAGCCUUGUUGGGAAACCCAAGAUCUUCAUCUUUCAGGCUUGUCGUGGUGACAAACAUGAUGAACCUGUGAUCCCAAUGGAUGCAGUGGACAGUCAUAUAGUCAAUGAGGUGGUUGUAGAUGCGGGGGUGCUCUGCACCCUUCCAGCAGGAGCAGAUUUCCUUAUGUGCUACUCAGUAGCUGAAGGAUAUUUCUCUCAUCGCGAGGUGGUAAAUGGCUCAUGGUACAUCCAGGAUCUGUGUGACAUCCUCAGGCAUCAUGGGUCCACACUGGAGUUCACUGAUAUCCUGACGCUUGUUAACAGGAAGGUUUCCUUUCGCAGUGUAGGAAACUGCAGGGAUCGUUCUGCUAUCGGCAAAAAACAAGUGCCUUGCUUUGCGUCCAUGCUUACUAAGAAGCUGUUUUUCAGGCCUAAGAAGGAACAAUAGAAUUAGGGCCCUAUUGCAGGUAAAAAUUCAGACAUUAGAUUAUUUUAUUUGACUUAUUUUUAAGUAAUGUAUAUCAGUCCUUUACACUACACUCAUGAUCUGUUAAGUCCUGUACCUCCAGGACUGUUGAGAACCUACUUUAGUUUGGAAGUUAAGAAACACGGCAAGAAACUCCAGUUAAACUGCUAAAAAAAACUGAAAAUCAUCAUUUAGCACAAACCAACUGGUCUAACAGCUUUGCAUGCGUACUAAUUUUUACAGAGUAUGGAAUUAUAUGGGGGAUUAUGUUUUUUGUUUAAACUGUUUCUUACAUGUUGUGCAUUAAAUGUUGAAAAGAGUGA